UAAAGCACAUAGUAGUAGGGAAGAAUGAAGUGAAGAAGGAUAAAAAACCAUUAAAGCCUAGGAAGUUCGCAGAGGUACCUGAAGCUCGAACGUUCUAAAAGAUGCAGUGUUCUAGAACCUUCCUAUUCCAAAUGUGUCUGAGUUUACUAGUCUCUACUGGCUCCUGUAGAUGUAAGCCUCUAAACAAGGUCAUCCUGACAGAGGACCCGGAGGGAUUCUUUCAUUUCUCCGACCAGGACCUCAUUGAGGAGGAUGAGGUGGAGGCGAAUGCACAGUCCAAGCUGGAGAGCUUCCUGGUGACCAUGAAGGAAGAGUUUCUGAGGAAGUUGAACCUGUUGGAGGCUCCUCAGGAGCACAGCAGGAUCUACCCCCCUCAGUUCAUGAUGGAGCUGUACAACAAAUACGCCUCUGAUACGUCCGCCAUGCCACGCUCUGACGUCAUUCGCAGCUUCAACCUUCAAGAUCUCUGUCACUCAGAGAGAAACGGCUCCAGAUCCAAACACAGGCUCCUGUUCAACGUGACGGUCCCGGACCACGAGGAGGUCACCAUGGCCGAGCUUCGUCUCUUCACUCUGCCAGAGGAGAGGUCCUCUACCGGGGUGAGGGGCACCAUCAGGGUCUACGAGCUGGAUCAUACUGGCAGCAAACCCACACCUUUACUCCUGGAUGGGAGGGAGGUCAUGGGAUCACAUCCCUCAUGGGAAGCGUUUGACGUGACCCAUGCGAUCCAGUGUUGGUCCAGCCGAGGUAGAGGCCGCGGUGUCAGUGCGUUCGAGGUGGUGGUGGAUCAGUGGGAAGGCGGCCGGACACUCGACGACGUCGGCAGUGACAGGGGCGACGGCGCGGCUGGCGAGGGUCUGGACGUGAGCGUGGCCGUUGGGGUCAACACCUCCGCAGCUCUCCUGGUCUUCUCGGACGACCUGUCGAGCAGGAGGAGGGAGGCGAGGGAGGAGCUGAGGGAGAUGAUCCUCCGUGAGGAGGAGACCGUCCUGUCGUCCGGCAGCUCUCCUCAGAACGAGGACGACGAAAACAUCAACGACGACAACAUCAACAACAACAUCGAUGACGACGGGAACAACCCCACCGCUGCCGACGGCGAGGACGACCACGGCAGCGCCGGCGUCCUCAGCCGCGUGGACCUCCACCCGCGGCGGAGGCGCCGCAGGAGGAGGAGACAGGCGGAGAGCAGCUACUGCAGACGCACCUCCAUGCGGGUCAACUUCAAAGACAUCGGGUGGGAUAAGUGGAUUGUGGCGCCGCCAGAGUACGAUGCCUUUGAGUGUCGCGGCGUGUGUUUCUUCCCGCUGACGAAGGACAUGACCCCCUCGAAACACGCCCUGAUCCAGACCCUGGUAAACCUUCGCAACCCCAAGAAGGCCAACAUGGCAUGCUGUGUUCCCACCAAACUGGACCCCAUCACAGUCAUGUACCAGGAGAAGGGCAUCAUAACUGUGCGCCACCUGUAUGAGGAGAUGAAGGUGGCUGCGUGUGGGUGCAGGUAGUCAGAGGGCUAAAUAUACAGUGGUGGAGGUGGAGUUUUCUCCUGGUUGUAAAUCUGUACAUUCCUAUUGUAUUUUGGUCUCAUCCAAAUUUAGGUGUAUGUUCCAUCAACGCACAUUUCGUCUUAUUUUAGCAGUGAAGCCUAUGAUAACGUUUGUCUAUGUUUUUGAUUAUGAUCAUAUGAAAUCGAUAAUUGGAUCGUGUUGUAUUGUUAUGUAUUAUUAAACAAAGAUGUAUUUAAGAUUAUUCUGGACUCUGCCAUCAUUACAGUCUUGCAUAUGUUUAUGAUGUCAGAUAAAACGAUUGUACAUAAUAAUGUUGUAACUUAUCAGUUGUCACCUGUUUAUGUUUGUUUCAGUCAUAGAAGAUGAAUGUUUGAUUUGACAUUAACUUUAUACCUUUUUGAAAGAUUGAUAUGAUAAUACUAUGACUGUUGUGCUGAAAGCAAACCAUACAGAAACAUUUAACUUUCUAUUUUCAUAGAAAUGUAAGUGUAAGUAUGUAUAAGUAUGUAAGUAU